GCGAGAGCGACACUCGACACAAGUCGAGGCUUUGCGUGAGCAAAAUCAAAGCUUGAUCCAGAAUAUCAAAACUUUGGUGCAGGAAGGAGCAGAUCGAGCGACGAAGGUAACGCGGGCUUCGCGGAUGACUACUAGGAGUGGUCAACUUGGUUGUAGUGGAGAAACACCCCAGAUGGGGAUAAGCAAGAAAGGUAAAUUGAUGAAAGGUAAGAGCAGCACGAUUUUUCAUGUGAGGUAUCCUAUGGGCGAAGAAAUGGAGGAUCCUCAACCAGCAUUGCGACGUGGGCGCACUCGAUUUGGAUCAACUACAACUGUGCGAUUGACAAACAAACACGACGCUGAGGUGGAUCCUAGUAGUGAAGUGGCAGAUACUUCUGGUAGUAGAGAAUCCACCGGUAUGAAGAAAACCGGGGCUAGCACUUUUGCAGAGAGAAAAUCAAGACCAAGUGCGUUGUUGAUGCUCACUGCGGGAAGUAGUGCACGACUGUCGUCUUUCCGACUAAGCAGUCGGUUUGCUCCAGACGAGGAAAACGAAGAAAAGCCUGC